AUGGCCUUGGCCCUUGACCGACGGGCGGAUCCCCUGAACCUAGGGGGCGGCUGGGCCUCCCCGUCGCCUCUCCCUCCCUGGUCUCCGUGCCACCGACGGCGGAGGAGCACCGCCAUGUCGCGACGGCGCCACCGCUCUGGACCCAAGCUGGAGUAUGAGGAGCUGCGCAAGCAGGCGAAGCACCAGCAUGAGGCGGGCCCGCAGUGGCCCCAUACGCAGCGGCGCACUGAGCGUCCGUCCAGCCCCACCUGCUGGGGCCCCGGGGCCUGCUGGACCCCGGGCCCGUGGCGCUGCCCGCCCGUGGAGGUGUGGAAGCCCCCGGGCCGGGUGCAAGUGGUGCGAGUGUACGGACUGCGGCCCGCCUGCUCCUGCUGCUGCUCCUGCUGGAGCGGGCCUGACAAGCCCGGCUCCGGGCGACCCUACCGCAAGAAGAAGAAGAAGCGCUGGGGGCGCAAGGGCCGCGGUGUGCGCCGCGGCCAUCCCCGCCGCCCCCUGCAGAGUAGCCCGGCAGUGGACCUGAGUGCCCUGCUGCGCCCAGUCAAUCUGUAUGGCCGUAGGGCGCCCGGCAUGCGCGCCCCACGGAACACCACGCAGUUCAUAAUGAACCAGGUCUAUGAAGACAUGCGCAAGCAAGAGAAGCAGGAGCGCCAGCAGGAGGCCCUGAGGGCCCGCCAGGCCGCUGCCGCUGCAGCGGCAGCUGCUGCCGCUGCGGCUACCGUGGGGCAGGAGCAGGGAGUCCCAGCCGUGGCCGCCCCGUCCCGCCCGGACGGCAGCGCCGGGGCGCUCCAGCCGGUGCGUGGAGGAGGCGAGCAAGACAAGGAAAUGCAGCUGCUGCAGGAAACUUUCUACAGCUUCGUUCAGAAGCAGCUCUACUGCCUCGUGCCCAGCCCUGCGGCCAACGCGGCCAUCCAGGAGGACGAGGAUGAAGACGAGGAGGAAGAAGAGGAGGAGGAGGAGGAAGAGGAAGAAGAGGAGGAGGAGGAAGAUGAAGAGGAGGAGGAGGAGGAAGACGAAGAGGAGGAGGAGGAGGAUGAAGAGGAGGAGGAGGAGGAGGAGGGGCACCUGCUCCACCUGUCUCUGCAGCAAGAGGGAAUGGAGGAGGAGAGAGAGGAGGAGGAGGAGGAGGAGAAAGACGAGGAGGAUGAGGAGAAAGAAGAAGAGGAGGAGGAAGAGGACAAUGAGGAGGAAGAGGAAGAGGAGGAGGAUGAAGAGGAGAGGUAUGAAGAGGAAGAGGAUGAAUCAGAGGAGGGAGAUGAGGAGGAGGAAGAAUUCCAAGAAGACGAGGAGGAAGAGUUGAUGAAAGAGGAGGAUGACAUUGAGGAAGAGGAGGAGAUGGAGGAAGAAGAGGAUUACCAGGAGGAAGAGCAGCUGCAAGAUGAGGACCAACAACCUCUAGAAACCCCUCUCACCAGCCCGGCAACACCUGAAGAAGAGCCAGAAAACAUUUUGAACUGUCAUUUUUUAGCUCGAGAACGGAGAAUUGCCCAAAAGCUUCAAGAAAGAUGCCCAAUGAUUGUGCAGAAAGUUCUGUGUUAG